AUGGAUCUCCUACUACGUGCAGAUGAGGAACGAGGGGGUGACAACCCAAACCCGUUUGACAGUUGGACGAAACUCCAAGUCAUUGUCAGCAAAACUCGGAAUCCAAAGGCUACGGAGUGGGUUCUGCACAGCAUGUUCGAUGGUUGGAAGAACAAGUACAUCACCAGUGACCAAAUGACGUGGAGAGCGCUGCGGGAAUCCCUUCACGGUAAGGGGACUGUGGAUUUGCUGACAGAGCCAAUUGCUGUGGACGAGGACCUGCCAGACAACAACACGCAGGACGAUGACACUGGCAUGGGACUCCAUUCAUCCAUCAUGUCAGCCCUCAAGCCACCUACGGGGAACAUGACAAAGGUGAAGCUUUACAAACAUGUUCUCUGGUGUGAAGCCAGCUUGCGUAACAGAAAGCACCGCGAUCGUGGCGCAUGCGUCAACCAAAUGGAGAAGCUGGUUGCAGUUCUCCCUGAGGAUCCAGCUGAGACAUGGCGCAUGACUCUGGCCAGCAAGAAGCUUCUUUAUGGGCCUCUCAACAGGGUGGCGGUGGGCCAGAAGAAUGUACCAGAAGAAGUCUCUGACAAGCAGGGUAUCAUGGUUAAAUCAAGGUGGUGUUGGGGGGUUACUCUGGGGACGAAUCAAGCAGGGAUGAAGGUACCAGCACAUAGAACCAUUCGCCCAUCAAGCACUGUGAUGAUCUGUCGGUGCACAUUGUGUUGGUAA